CAUAUAACUUCACUCUUCCCUUCAACUCAACCCCACCAAAAACAAAAGAAAGAAAGAAAGAGAGAGAGAGAGAGAGCAACAAUACUCUUUUUGACAUAUAGGUUUUAGCCAUGGCUUCUUCAUCUCCUAGUCCACUUGCAAGAUUAUCACUUGAGCGUAGACCCAAAUUACUUAAAGAAUUUCUUCUUCAAGACGAUCCAUAUUCAUCUAAUGAUUUUGGAUCAUACCCUAAAACAUGCAUUCAUGGUUCAAGAAUUAUUAGGUCAAACAAAGGCUCAUCUCAUCAAUUACUUAGAAGUCGAUCAUCUAGAGCCGCAACUGCUACAAUCUCCGCUAUUAACAAGGUCAUCAACAUUGUUAAGUUCUUACCUUUUACCUCUGUGAAAUCUCCUUCCAUUUUCCCUAGAAGCAUUUCAAGAAAACUAUCAAGGAGGAAUAACUACAAAAAAAGUCAAAAACAUAACGUUGACCAAGAUGUCUCAGUUAAAGUCAAAGUCAAAGACAUCUUACGAUGGAAAUCAUUUAGAGACUUAGAAGAGAAAUCUACGCCGUUAGAUUCUUCUUAUUCACCGUAUAGGUGCGGUACAAUCACGACCACGACCACGAGCAGCAAGAGAACAAGUUGGUGCGAUAGCGAUUUUACUGCGGAGGAUUUACCGUCAUGGUGGGGUGAAAAUGGUGAAUUUUUGGGUAGAAAGAAUAGUGUCGGUGGAUAUUGCAUGGAAACCACAAAAUCAAUUAUUAAUAAGGAAGAGUUGUGUUUUGAUGAGAAUGAGCAAUAUAGCCCAGUUUCAAUUCUUGAAUCUCCAUUUCAAGAAGAUGAUGAUGAAGGAAUUAUGGCCUUCUCUUUCCAGAAAAGAAAAAGCAUGCUUAUGCAAAGAAUUCAACAAUUUGAGAGUCUUGCUGAAGAAAACAUCAACUCUAAAGGAGUAGAAGAACUAAAAGAAGAUGAAGAAAUUCAAGAAAAGGCAAAGCAAUUGUUGAUCAAUUGUGAAGUAAACUAUAUGGAUGAUGAUCAACUUCUCUUUGAUUUCUUUUGGAAUGAAUUGAUUACAAGUGGAAAACAUCAAAACAAUGUUAAUAUUGAUGAAAAGCUAUUGAGAGAGGCAAAAUCUUGGAUCAAUGAUGAUUACAAUGAGGAAUUUGAAUGGGAAAUUGAGGAUAAAAGAGAUGCCUAUAUAAAAGACAUGGAAAAAGUAGCAAAUUGGAACAAGUUUGAAGAGGAAAAACAAGACUUUAUCUUGGAUUUGGAGUUUGAAGUGUUUAAUGAUUUGGUCAAUGAAGUCUUGGAAGAUGUUUUUUCUCAUAAUUAGAACAUUGAAUUUCAUGUAUCGUAUAAUUAACAUGUGUAGAACAUGUUAUAAUUAAUACAUAUAAGUAAAUUAUAGAUCGAUUAGAUAUUAGGAUACGUUUUUUUGUGACUUAAUUAUGUAUAGUUCUAGUUAUAAAGCCACGGAUUUUUUAAAAUUCGUAGACAAAUUAUGUUUCCCUUUCAAUUAACGAAAGAGGAGGAAGUAUAUCAAUAGAGCUUUUCAAUUUUAUUUUUA